AUGAGUGGCGACACAGAUCCCAAGUCUAACGUCGAAAUGGUCGAAAGGCCAGGCCAAAGCGAAGUUCAGCAAGAGUCGGCACCUGUGGAACGUCCAUGGGGAGCCAUUCUCCGCCAUCGCAAGGUGGUCUUGUAUGCGAUCCUCGCCAACAUCGGGCCGCUGAUGUUCGGAUACGAUCUUGUGGUUGUUGGGGCUAUCUCAGCUCUUCCAAAGUUCCGUGAAGAUUUUGGGGAUGGUUACGGCAGAACGUCAAUCCUCCCAGCGCUGUGGCUCGGCUUGUGGAACGGUCUUGUCCAAGCCGGCGCUGCAGGAGGUUCCAUACUCGCUGGGUGGUCCCAAGACCGCUUCGGUCGGCGGGCAACGUUCUUCCUCGGGAGCAUCUUGGGAAUAGCAGGGACAGCUGCAGCUUUCACAUCGGGCAUGCCUUCCGGUACAACUGACAGAAGGGUCUUGUUCCUAUUCGCCAAGAUCAUCAUUGGAAUGGGCUGUGGCGUGCUCAUGUCCGCUUGUCAGACGUACAUCUCUGAGAUCGCACCCAAGAAUCUUCGUGGUGUCUCUUUCGGACACCUCCUCGCGAUCACGAUCGUUUACAACGAAGUCGGCAACCUGAGUUCUGAGUCUUAUCAGAUCCCAUUCGCUACACAAUGGGCAUUUGGCGGAGUAGCCGUCAUCGCCGCUCUGUUGCUGCCGGAAAGCCCGGUAUGGUUGAUCUCCCAGGACAACAUAGAGAAAGCGGAAAAGUCACUGCAAAAGCUUGGAACCGCCGGCGGUCAAAAUAUGCUCCAGAGAAUUCAGGCUACACUAGCGCACGAGGAUGAUGACACGGCCCAGGGCAGAGGUCCCCCAACCUAUCGCGAAUGCUUCCAGGGCGUCAAUCUGCGUCGUACGCGCAUCAUAAUCUUCCUCAACAUCCUUCAGCAGUUCGUGGGCAUGGCACUGUUGCAGAACGGGGCUUACUUCCUUACCAUGGCUGGCAUGUCCGCCAAGUACUAA